AUGGCCCAAUCACUUUCCUCCUUGACAGAGCAAUGGCUCCAAUGGGACCAGGAUCCUACGACUCGCGCAGAAAUAGAAAAAUUGCGGGACUCCAACGCCACUGAGGAGCUGGAAAAGCGCCUUCGGAAUCGUAUUGAGUUCGGAACAGCUGGUCUGCGAGGCUGCAUGGCCGCAGGGUUCUCCUGCAUGAAUUCUUUGAUAGUCAUACAAGCCUCACAGGGGCUGGCCAAGUUCAUUCGAGACAAACGUCCUGAGAUUGCCUCGAACGGUGUGGUCAUUGGACAUGAUGCGCGUCACAAUUCUGCGAAAUUCGCCGCACUCGCUGCCAACGCUUUCAUCGCGCAACGUAUCCCCGUUUGGUUCUUCAAUGAGGAAGGACCAACACCGAUGGUGGCGUUUGGUGUAAUUCAUUUCGGUGCUGCAGCAGGUAUUAUGGUGACGGCGAGCCACCUAAUUGGCUCGAAGAACCCACCCCAGGACAAUGGUAUGUUACUCAUCUCUGACGCUGCUACAAAGUGUAAGAAUCGUGGAUCUAUAUCAGGGAGACUGCUGACAAAAUCAUCUUGUAGCUACUCGAGCAAUGGUGCCCAGAUCAACCGACCCGAGGACGGACAAAUAGCACAGUUGAUUCAAGAGAAUCUUGAGCCAUGGCCGACCGCAUGGUCGGAAUUGAGCCCAGGCGAAUUCCUGCGCGCGGACUCUUACCAGAAAUUGCUACCUCACUACAGCAGCCAAGUCGCAGAAUUCAUGAAAACUACUGUGACAGACUGGCAACCCCCGAGACCAUUCGUUUAUACACCCCUGCACGGCGUGGGAGGUUUGGUUCUCCCAAAUCUGUGCCGCUCACUUGGGAUUAGCGACUUUGUAUCUGUUGUUACCCAAGAAAAGCCCGAUCCUGACUUCCCCACCGUGAAGUUCCCCAACCCGGAAGAGGCUGGGGCUUUAGAUCUUGCUAUUGAGACUGCAGACCAAGAAGGAAAGACCUUGAUCAUCGCAAACGACCCCGACGCGGACCGCUUUGCCGUAGCGGAGAAAGUGGAUGGGAAAUGGCAUACUUUGACUGGAAACCACGUUGGUGUCCUUUUAGCAUCCCAUUUAUUGGAUUCCUACGAUGCUAGCAAAGAUUGGUCCCACGUCGCGGUAUUGACUACAACGGUGUCGAGUGGGAUGCUCGGAAAGAUGGCAGCUGCAAAGGGAAUGCACUUCGAGGAGACAUUGACAGGGUUCAAGUGGAUGGCUAAUGUUGCCCGGGACCUAGAGAAAAAGGGAAAGACGAUUCCUUUUGCAUACGAGGAGGCACUGGGAUACAUGUUCCCAGCUGUGUGCUAUGACAAAGACGGCAUUACGGCAGCUGCAGUCUUCCUUGCAGCGGAGGCGAAAUGGAGAGCACAGGGGUUGACCGCAUAUGCCAAGCUGCAGCAACUGUUCGGUGAAUUCGGCCACCACGAGACCUUGAAUAACUACUUCCGAUCGCCUAAUCCACAGCUCACCUCAACAUUGUUCCAGGGCAUCCGAGGCAGCGCAGGCCUUGCGAAUAUGCAGUUUGGUCCCUUUAAGAUCUUGCGAUGGAGAGAUUUGACCGAAGGCUACGACUCCAGCACCCCUGAUAACAAGCCAGACCUACCUGAAGAUCCAACAAGCCAGAUGCUUACGCUGUGGCUGGCCGGUGGGGUUCGCUUCACAUUCCGAGGUUCGGGGACAGAGCCCAAGGUCAAAUUUUAUAUCGAGAGUUGUGGAGACUCUCGCGAAGACGCCGUCAAAGCAGUCUGCGAUGCAUUCCUCACUAUUCGGGAAGAAUGGGUACAGCGCUUUACGCCUUCGAUGACAUAUAGCAAGCAGCUUUCCACGUCAUCU